GAAGGAGUCAUUGAGUAAUUAAAGCGCAUUUCACAGAACUACGAUUUAAGCAGUCCCUCAUUAUUCAUUUAACCGUAUGCAGUUCUCAUUUGCAUCUUGUCUGGUCAAUGAUAUCUUAAUUGCCUCGCUUCAUUUGUUACUGACAUUACUGACAUUGUUUCAGCAGAAAAUUUGAUGUAUGCAGGACCAUCCAUGGUGAAUCUAUCGGGAAUCAGGAUGUUCAAUCUUCUGCCAAUCACUCCCACCAUUUUCUUCAUUCUGGUAUUCACGUUAACAUUCAACCACGGGAAGGCUUCCGGUCUUUCUAAAUCAUGUGAACAGGACUGGAAUUUGAAAAUUGCUUAUUGCUCAAACCUCCAUCUCAGCUCAGUGCCCAUCUAUCUUGUACCAGAUCUCAGAGAACUUUACUUCAGCGGAAACCUCCUUGGUAGGCUUAGAAACGAUACCUUUCUAAACUACCCCAGUCUCAGGGUACUCAAAUUAAGCAGUAAUAACUUAUCGGUGGUGGAUCAUGGCGCCUUCACACCUCUGAAGAACUUGGUUGAACUGGACAUUGGAUAUAAUACGUACCUAACUACACUGAAAAGAAGUAUGUUUGACUCUAACAGCUUUUCGACUUUGCUAGCCGGCUCUGUGAAUAUGGACUCAUUUGGAGGCGACCUCCUUGCAUGUUUUGCCCGAGAUGCCAUAGUGAAUCUUCAAGAAAAUAGCAUUCGCCAGAUAAAUUGGACAAGGAAAACGUCUCCGAACUCUUGA